AAUCAUUGAGUAGUGCGUGUACGCACUCAGUGGCUGCUUCAGUUUUCUUGCGCACACAGUUUCCUCCUCAGAAAGUUUAAUGGCUAAAUACAACUUCUGCCGGGUGAGCUGCUUUAUCUUGGCUGGAUUAAUCAGUACCGUUUCUCUCGUCUUUUUCUGCAUCUUCUGGUUUGUGGACGGAGGAUGUCCCAACGGCAGUUUCAAGCACGCGGCUGUGGCUGCAGACUCUCUGCGGUGCUCACAGAUCGGCAGGAACAUGCUGCAGCAGGGAGGGUCAGCAGUAGAUGGCGCCAUUGCAGCACUUCUGUGCACGUCUGUAAUCAAUCCUCAGAGCAUGGGGAUUGGAGGGGGGUCUAUAUUCACUAUUAGAGAUAAAACAGGCAAAGUGAAAGUCUACAACUUCAGAGAGACGGUCCCAAAGUCUUUUGAUCGUAACCUGUUAGAUGAUUGUCCAACCACAUUCAGACUGACCACAGGCACACAGUGGAUCGGUGUUCCCGGCGAGCUGCGGGGAUAUGAAGCUGUCCACAAGCAGUAUGGGAAGCUGCCCUGGGCUAAGCUGUUUGAGCCAACUAUAAAACUGGCUAGAGAGGGCAUCCCUCUGCCUCCAUUCCUGGGAAAGCUCCUAACUAUCCCCAUUGCAAAAAAACAUGUGGAAGGUUCCUCCAUCUGUGAAGUUUUCUGCAACAAGAACAAAACUGUUUUGAGGAACGGAGACAUGCUUAAGUUUCCCAAACUUUCCGAAAGCAUGCAAAUGAUUGCUGCACAAGGAGCUAAUGCCUUCUACACAGGCAAGAUAGGACAUGACUUAAUCCAAGACAUAAAAGCUGCAGGUGGAACGAUGGAACUUGAGGAUCUGGAGUCCUUCCGGGUGCGGGUGGAGGACGCUUGGACAGUUCCUCUGGGGGAUGCUAAGCUUCACAUUCCUCCACCACCUGCUGGAGGCGCCCUGCUGGCCUUCAUUCUCAAAGUUCUGGAAGGGUUCUCUUUGACUCCAAACUCUUUUCUUGGGGACCAGAAGGUUCAGACAUAUCAUCGUUUUAUAGAGGCAGCCAAAUUUGCAAAUGGACAAAAGAGAAGCAUUCAAGAUCCUGCCUUUCAUGACAGAAAGAGUGCCGAUCAUUUGAUUGAUCCCGCCUUCAUUAGUCGCAUCCUGGACAUGAUUUUUUCAAACCGCACCCAUGACAACUCGUACUACUCCAACGUCAAACCCUCACCCGAUCACUUUGGGACCACUCAUGUGUCGGUGCUGGAUGAAGAUGGACUGGCUGUCUCUGCCACCAGCACGAUAAACCAUCUGUUUGGAGGGGCCGUUUACUCUCCACGUACAGGUAUCAUCCUCAACAAUGAGCUGUCUGACUUUUGUGGGAGAGCAGACAAAGUGACGGCAGGUGAGCAGCCUCCUUCCUCGAUGACUCCCGUAAUACUGGAGUCAAAGUCCGGAGGUCUCCUUGUGAUUGGUGGAUCAGGCGGGAGUAUGAUUACCUCAGCAGUCGCCUUGUCUAUUAUGAAUCACCUGUGGUUGGGGAUGAAUCUCGAAGAUGCCAUUUCUGAACCUAUAGUCUUUAUUGACUCUAAGAAUGAAUUAAAUUUUGAGAGGUUUAAUGAGUCUGUGAAGGCUGGACUCAUGGCUCUCGGACACAAUCUAGGGAGCUCCCAAUUUUUCGUCAAUGUGGUAAAUGCUGUGGAAAAGGAGAACGGAUGCAUUGUGGCCGUGUCUGACACCAGGAAGAUGGGAAUGUCAGAUGGUUAUUGACCAAAUAUUGGUGAGGAAGCACCACCCUCCACUUCAACCCCCCGCCCCCUAAAGACUGACUGAACCGUUAGCCUUAAUGGAAAUACUGAAUGUGUAAAAAUCCAACCACCAAAUGUUGGCAUUUUGGUGCUCGUUGGUAGUCCAGGUAGCUUCAAGCUUAAAGUAUCAUUUUGAUUUAUUAUAAUAAAAGUCUAGUUUUCAUAGAUUUUGACACCAUUUCUAUCAAGAACAAACAACUGUAGUCACCAUUUACCCUUUAAAAUCUUUGAGGGAGCCACAAGUUUAUGAAAUUGUUCAUAAAAAUUAAGCGCACAUAUUUUUUCCAACCCCGAGACAAGUUGGGGAAACAAUGGUGUUCUAUCUUCUAAGUCUACAGAUUUAAUUGUGAGCAGCCCGAGGAAAACGGUUGGAUAAAAGUUAUUUACAAGGUGAUACUUUAUAAGGACUUUUCUCUACACCCAAUACUAAAUGCACAUUUUUUAAAAAGAAUUAAGAAAAAAUAAAUAAUAGACACAUUACAAUAAGGCACACACAUUUUGCAGAGUUACUAGGGAACAAAUGAGGAAGUAGAAGAAGAUACACUUUAUUAAUCCCGCAAGGGGAAAUUCAAUUUUACACUCUGUUGUUGAACAUGCUAC